AUGGCUCGCCUCAAAACCUUCUUCGAGGGCCGCAAGGCCACUGCCCUCGUCGGUGCUCUUUUUUUCGUUGUAGCUGUCUCGGCCGCUGCCCCUGGCGCUGCUGUCAAAAGACAAGCGACAAAGACAGACAUGGACUUCAAGUCUUUGACGGGUUGUCAUAUGCAUGGACCUACCCAGUUCUGCAUGGCCGGAUCUGACGAGUAUCAGAUUGUCGCAGACUCGGGGGCAACAACUACUCAAGAUCCUCCAUCUUCGUAUACAGACUGUCACAACCACGGUUCAGACACAUACUGCAUGAACCCCAGCGGUGGAGAAGUUCAAGUCCUGGGCGAAAACGCUAGCCCAGCCCAGACAACUGCCAAAGAAACUGCCUCCGCAAAGGCCGAAAAGAUCACUGCCGUGUCCGAUUGCCACAUGCACGAGACAUCUCUGUAUUGCAUGGGUCCUAGCUCUUCAGAAUACUAUGUCCAGACCACCAUCACCAACACAGAGGAGUAUCCAGCUCAACUCACGAGCUGCCACAGUCAUGGCGAAGAGACAUACUGCAUGUCUGACGAUGGCGAAGCGCCCAUCCUCGCCGCUGAGGACGUCGAAUCUGGCCAAGCAGACCCCGACGAGGAACACUGCCAUUUCCACGCUGGUGUAGAACACUGUGUCGGCGGUAGCAACGGUUCAGAAGGUGGUUCACGAUCAUGCACCCGUACCGACAGAGACUACAACAUCGGCAUCCGAAUCGGCAUGCUCUUUGCCGUCCUCGUCGCAUCGUCCCUGGGUGUAUACGGGCCCAUCCUGCUGUCGCGCUUCACAUCUGUACAGUCCAACAUCGUCCUUACCAUCCUCAAGCAGUUCGGUACUGGAGUCAUCAUCUCUACUGCCUUUUUGUUCACCCAUGCACAAAUGAUGUUCGGCAACGAAUGUUUAGGCACACUUCUCUACGAGGCUACAACGGCUGCUAUUGUUAUGGCCGGUCUCUUUAUAUCCUUCUUGAUCGAGUUCAUUGUCUAUCGCGCCAUGCGAUGGCAGGCAAGCAAGAAAUCCGAAACCGACUCUAUAUCCCUCUCCCCUAAAGCUGUGGAGAAGGCUGAGAUGGCCAAUAUUAGCAUCAUGGAGGCCGGUAUCAUCUUCCACUCUCUCCGUAUCGCCCUCGGUACAAGGAUCGCAUCUUUGGGCUACGGUCAAAUGCCUCUCGCUCUAGGCCACAGUCACUCACACUCCCCCGCACCUUCGGUGGAACGAACUGGAAUAUCCACCGUACCUCUCUGGAAGAAGCUCGUCCUAGCCUCUGGCUUCGCUGUCAUCACGCCUAUCGGAAUGGCCAUCGGCAUUGGUGUUUUGAACGUCUUUAACGGCAACGAUCCUUCUACGCUCAUCGCUAUCGGUACGCUGGAUGCUUUCUCCGCGGGUAUCCUCGUUUGGGUCGGCCUGGUGGAGAUGUGGGCGCAGGAUUGGAUGAUGGGUGGUGAACUUAGUGAUGCUGGUCCUUGGACCACCGCUCUGGCUAUGCUUGGUCUGGUCUGCGGUAUGGUCUUGAUGAGUGUGCUUGGAAAGUGGGCUUAG